UCUGUUUCUUCAAUGGAGAUUCUUCACUCUCCUCUUCACUUCUUCAUCUUCAUCACUUUGCUUUCAACAGUAGCAGAGCUCAGCAGAUCAGCUGACAUAAUAACUCUGUCUCAGCCGGUCAGAGAUAACGAGACUCUAGUUUCGGCAGGAGGAAAGUUCAAGCUUGGAUUCUUCAGCACUAAUUCGUCUAACCGGUAUGUUGGGAUCUGGUUCUACAACAUCCCGGUGCAGACCAUUGUCUGGGUGGCAAAUAGGGACGAUCCAAUCAACGGCUCGUCAGGAGUCCUGCAGAUUGAGACGGGAGGGAAUCUAGUCAUCGUUGAUGGAGCAGGAAGAGCUAUUUGGUCCACGAACACAACAAAUCUGGCCUCCGAUAACGUGACUGCGCGGCUCCUGGACUCCGGGAAUCUGGUUCUCACAAAUGAAAGCAACAACGGUUCGGGGAAUUUCCUGUGGCAGAGUUUUGACCAUCCUUUUGAUACGUUACUAGCGGGGAUGAAGCUAGGAUGGGAUCGGAGGAUCGGUUUGAAUCGGUACCUCACUUCUUGGAGGGAUUCGGACGAUCCUUCAACCGGAGACAUCACAUACAAAGUCGAACUCCAGGGACUGCCCCAGAAGUUCCUCCGCAGCAACACUUUGGUAAUUGAACGAAGUGGGCCAUGGGAUGGGAUCCAGUUCAGUGGAUUGCCCCUGAACCCAAAUGCAAUCAUCAAACCCGAGUUUGUGACAACUGCCGAAGAAGUGUACUAUACCUAUCAACUCAACAAAGAUUCCACCAUCACGAGGGCCGUGCUCAACCACUCCGGCACGCUUCAACGCUGGGUCUGGGACAAUAAUACACAGUGGGCAGUCGUACAUGAGUUGCCAAACGAUUCCUGCGACGUGUAUGCAAAAUGUGGGCCUAACGCUGUGUGCACGAUUGGUGAUGCCCCGAUAUGCAGCUGCCUGACUGGGUACACGCCGAAAUUGCCCCAGGAAUGGGCGAUGUACGUUUGGUCCAGUGGGUGUGUUAAGAAGAAGCCCUUGAAUUGUCCUAAAGGAGAAGGGUUCAAGAAGCUGAAGGGUGUGAAGGUUCCAGAUAUGCUGAGUUACUAUGUGAACAGAAGUAUAAGCCUGGACGAAUGUAGAACUAAGUGCCUGAAAAGUUGUACUUGCACAGCAUAUACUAAUGCGGACAUUGUCGGGAAGGGUAGCGGGUGUCUGCUUUGGUAUGGAGAUCUUCUCGACAUCAGAAAGCUCAUCCAAUCAAGCCGCAAUCAGAAUGUUUUCAUCAGGGUCAUGGCGUCUGACCUAGGCAAUCAUAAGUGGAAAUUGUGGUUGGUGGUGGCAGCAGUCGCCGCAUCACUGUCUCUAGCAAUUCUUUUGCUACUCUGUUUCUGGAGGAGAAGAACCAAAAAUAUCUUUUCUAAAAGAACAAAGGGGAUCCAACAAUUUCGAGCUGAUAUACUGCAAAAGUCUCUCCCUUUCACGAGUCUUCAACUAUUUUUGGCAGGGAAAACAUCGGAGGUGCAGUCUGGAAGUGAAGACAACUUAGAGCUGCCGUUACUAGACUUGGAAGACAUUACGAAAGCGACUAGUAGCUUCUCGUCUCUUAAUAAAAUCGGAGAGGGCGGUUUUGGUCCUGUGUAUAAGGGUCUAAUGUCCGAUGGAGUUCAAAUAGCUGUCAAGAGGCUGUCGCGGAACUCGAGACAGGGUUGUGAUGAGUUCAAGAAUGAAGUCUUGUUGAUUGCGAGACUUCAACACCGAAAUCUUGUCAAGCUGUUGGGAUGCUGUAUUACUGGAGAAGAAAGGAUGUUAGUUUAUGAAUAUAUGCCAAAUGGAAGCCUCGACUCCUUAAUAUUUGCUAAUAGAGCAGGUAAUUCUCUCGUGUGGAGGCGACGGUUCAACAUCAUUGUGGGUGUUGCAAGGGCUUUGUAUUUACAUCGCGACUCAAGAUUGAGAAUAAUUCAUCGGGAUCUAAAAGCUAGUAAUGUGUUGCUGGAUAGUGAGAUGAACCCAAAGAUAUCAGAUUUUGGCAUGGCUAGGGCUUUCAGAGGAGAUCAACUACCGGACAAGACGAAACGUGUGGUUGGGACUUACGGAUACAUGUCUCCAGAGUAUGCAAUAGAUGGAAUUUUCUCAACUAAAUCGGAUGUUUUUAGUUUUGGAGUCCUAGUCCUGGAAAUAAUUAGCGGCAGGAGGAACAGAGAAUUCCAUCACCAUGAUCACAAUUUUAACCUUCUUGGACAUGCCUGGAAAUUAUGGCUUCAAGGGGAGGCCACCGAACUCAUAGACAAACAAAUGGAGGAUUCAUUUCCAAGAUCGGAAGCUAUCAGGUGCAUCCAGAUAGGCCUCUUGUGCGUUCAGCAAAGGCCGGAACAAAGGCCGACCAUGUCAUCUGUGCUACGAAUGUUGGACAGCGAGAGUGCCUCACUGCCGCAGCCCAAGCAACCGGGGUUUUACACGGAGAGAUUCAAUGAUCAAAUAGAUGGCGAAACAAGCGAGUUAACCUCUACCACACUCGAUGGUCGGUGAAGAUCCACGAGAUUUCAUGCACACAUAGUUAACAGCACGUAAUAGUCAAGGUAUUAGCUGCUACAUUGUAGAUGGAAACUCUAGUACAUGGUAUUGUCUUCAUGAGGAUAUGAAAAAAAACGUUUGCCUUCUUUGACAAAGUACUUGCUCUUGAGAAUGCACCUGGUGUAUCCUUCUCGUUCCCUAUAUGUACGCAACUCUAUAUAUUGACAAAUAAAAGAGUGUCUCUUCCGGAAGAAAAGCAAGGACUGACUUUUUCGAA